AUGUCGAAUUUUAUUCCCGCCAGCUACAACUUACCACCACCGCCUCCAACCUCUUCGCGAUCCUCCAAGUCUCAGGGGAGAGGAAGAGGACGUGGUCGCGGAAAGUUUCAGUACGGACAUGCAAACCGAGAGACUUCCGUUCAACAAACGUGCCUCAAUAACUCUGGUGACGGUAAUCAAACGGGUCUUUACGCGUCCAAACCGUUUACGACUUCAAACCAACCGGUUACAGGCCAUCAAAAUGGAAAUUCGAUGCAUUUUGCACCCGCACCACAGUUCUUCCCUAAUUACAAUGUCUCUCCAAACACGUCAGUUCCAUUUGCGCCACAACCCGACACGACCUCGUUGACGCGUAAACCUGCAAUCUCGCGUCAAUUUCCUCAAACGUCAAUUUCUUCCAACCAAUCGCAGAAUUUUCCCGUAAAACAUAAUCCAGAUAACGAAAAAGCCGCUCAGGCUGCACUUGCUGCAACGUCAACUCUUCUUUAUAAAAAUAAUCCGCACGUGCCUGAUAAAGAUGAUCCUGACGCUCCUGUUAAUCUGAGAUGUGAAAAUUGCAAAGUGACAUUCGAUUCGAAGUUUAGAUAUGAUUUACAUGUGCGGUAUCAUAGAAAAUGUACACUAUGUGAUUUUAAAGCCACAUUGCAAAAUAUCAGAGAACAUCAAUUCGAUGCGCACGGAAUCGGACGUAUUUUCAAAGAUAACAAUGAAUCGACUCUUAAACCCAAAAUGAACUUUAAUCUUGAUACGCCUGAAGCCAUUGCGAAGUGGAUUGAGGAUAGAAAGAAAAGGUAUCCAUCCGAUGCGAAUAUUGCUAAAAAGAAAGCUGAGGCCGAACGCAUUAGAGCUAUCAAGGCCGAAAAGAGGAAGAUGGAUGACUGGGGGAAAAAUGAUUAUGCAAACAAGAGAAUUCAUGCAACAAAAAAUCAGGAUGAUCUUUUGGAUUUGGAAGUCGCUGCCUCCGCUGCUGGUGUCGAUUAUAAAUUUGAUGUUAAGAAUCCUUUGGUUUCUCGUUCCGAGAAAAGGAUCGAGCGGUUGUACGACAAAGUAUGUGUCAAGUAUUUGCCAGGUCACUGUCCGAGAGGAAAAGAUUGUGGAAAUCGACAUGAAGGGUCUAUGAUUUGUCCACCACUUCAACGUGCGCCUGAUGCACAAAGAGUUCGCUCGAGAAAUCUUCGUGAUAUGUUGCUACUAAAUGAGAAGACUAAAGAAAAGAAUGUGAUUCUAAAAAGUUUUGAACAUAUUAUGAACAAGAAUUUUUUCGAUGUCAUCACGAAGGCGGCGUUACAAGAAGCAAAGAAAAGAGGCGGUUCGGCUAUUACAGAAGUUGGUAGGGCGGAGAUGAAGCGACGCAAUAAAAAAUCGUCUUCAAAAAAAUAG